AUGGAGUCAAUCGUCCGGCAGAUCAAAGAGCUCUACGCUGAAUCAGACCCCGAGGGUCGCGAAAGAAUACACCGUGACAUCCGCAGACUGCAAGGGUCCUUGUAUUCAGAAAUGGAAUUUAUGAUUGAUUUGGCCGCCAAUGGCCCGGUCAAGUACUCGAUGACCAAGAUUGGGGUCGACCUCCAUAUCUUCGAGGCACUCCACGAGGGCGACGAGCCUCUCACGGGGUCGAAGCUGGCAGAACGAACAGCUGCGGCCCCGGAACUUAUAAGGCGGAUUCUCCGUACACAGGCAGCACUGGGCCUGAUUGACCAAGUUGGCGCAGAUUCAUUCCAAUCCAAUCGGCUAACAGGAUUUCUCGCCAAUUCUGCCCUGACCUCGCUGCUGCUGUUCCAACAGCCAGUCUUCGGACCUGCUUAUCAAGCACUUCCGGACUUUCUACGAGCCCGAAACUAUCAGCAGGUCGUGUCCGAGGACGAUACGGCAUUCCAAGUGGGGCAUCGCACGAAUCUGACCUUUCCGGAGUUUUUGAAGCAGCAUCCCGAGCAUCUACAUAAUCUGCACAAAAGCAUGCAGCUGUCCUACGGGAACCAAUGGAUUGAUCGAUUCCCCGUGGAAAAGGAGCUCAGCCAGUUUGUUACUGACAGCAACGAGCGGCCGGUACUCGUCGACAUAGGCGGCGCACAUGGACAGCAGGCCAGGGUGUUCAGGCAAAGAUUUCCCAGCGUACCGGGUCGCAUCAUUGUGCAAGAUAGAGCGGAGGUUAUUGAAAAUGUCGCCGACAUUGAUGGAGUUGAGUUCAUGGUGCACGACUUCCUUCAGCCUCAGCCUAUCCGCGGCGCCAAGUUCUACUAUCUUCGCUUCGUGCUGCACGACUGGCCCGACGAGAUGUGCGUCAAGAUCCUGCAAAGCAUUAUUCCUGCCAUGGCCCCAGAGUCCCGCAUAAUCUUAGAUGAAUUGAUUCCCUCAGACCUUGGGAUGUCGCAUUGGGCUGCCGUCAUGGAUACUGCUAUGCUUGCCACGUCUGGAGGCUCAGAGCGCAGUAGAGGGGAUUGGGUGGUGUUGCUUGAUCGCGCCGGAUUGCAGAUGCUUGAUCUACUGGAAUACGAUCCGCAGAAUCUGUCAGUGAUCGUGGCCGUGCCUAAGGAACAGAAGGAGUGAUUUUAG